AUGGAGGCUGGAUGUGGCUGGAACAGCACCUCCAAAAGGUUCUUGGGACAUCAUACAGGACGAUAUCAUGCCCUCUCAAUGGUGUCGAGUACUGAGAGGGGUCCUGAUCGAGAUAGAGGGGACCGCUAUGUGGAGAUCUUUCUGUAUUCCGAGCGGCCAAAUAAGUUGAGGUUUAAGAAGGCCGUGGGUGAAGCGAGCGAAUGCCAAGAAGAAGAGAUUGAGGCCUUGGGUAUCACCAAACAACACGUCCUUGACGAAUGUCGACAGCACAUGAGCAUGGAAGGAAAAGCCAAGUUGCUCCUGAGUAUGCUGGGUGUGGCCCUAUCUCCAGGCUCUCGCUUGUACUUGAAGAAGACGGACCAGGGCUUGAAGCAUUUCCUGUCCUCGUGUCCCAAUGAGUUCAGUGUCGAUGGUUCCAAGGGUAGGGAGAUCAUCACGUACCUGCCAGCCUGCAAGUCUGAGAGCCACCCUCCCUGCCCUCCCUCGGAGGAGCCGGUGAAAGUGGAGCCCAUGAAGAUGGAAGCGAUGGCACCUAUGGAGAGCCUCAGCCUGCCGCCUCUGGCCGUAAAGGCUGCGCCAAGCCAAGCAAUGCCAAAGGCCAAGGCCUCCUUGCCGUUGCCAACAGCCUCCCCGGAGUCUCCGAUGGCAUGCGCACCCAGCAAGGCGGUUUCGCCCAUGCCCCCAGGGUCGGUUGAAAGCAACUGUGCGUACUUGGGCACUCGUCGUGGAAGCCAGAGUGCAGGCCCCCUGACUGGCCACAUUAGUGACCUGGGAGGCUUUCCGCCCACUCCUGCGCCCUUCCCACCGACUCCACAGAUUGAUGACCUGGUCCUUGACAUGCCGGUGAUGCCCAUUGCUGAUGUGAAGGAACCAAAGGAACCGGAGAGUCCAAAGGCGACGUUUUCCAACAUCGACAAGCUUGGUACAACUUUUAUGAAUACUCCCAGCGAUUGGGGCACCCCCUUGGAGGUUACGCGCCAUCGGCAUUUGAUUGGCCUGGGCGACAACCAGCUCCACGGCAAUGCCACGAGCUUGGCAGCUCUCAGCUCAACAGUAGGAGCAUCUGCUGAAUCGACAUCUGCUCCCGCUCUCCCAGCGACCUCUGGGUUGCCACCUCAAAGCUGGUCUGCAUGGGGUAUGCCCCCAGCUACCAUGCCAGCUCCCUUCUGGCCACCCUUGAUGAUGCCGCCUCUCACUGGAGACGCGGCCGCAGCGGCGCAGGCCUUGCGAUCUGGCAGCCUGCCAGGAGGCCUUCCAUCAGAUGGAGCUGCAAGCUUGCAGAUGAUGCUGGGCACAUUCAUGGCCAUGAAUGGAGGCUGGCAGCAGCCCUGGAUGCAAGAACCUCCUACCCAGACGGAGUCCGCGGCAGUGCAGCAAGAAGCGCCUCAGACUGACUUCAUCCAGAAGUUGCUGAACAAAGAAAUUCCGAUCCGCUUGCGCGGCCUGCCCUAUGAAGCCAGUGAGCAGGACAUUUUGGCCUGGAUGGCCAAGCACGAAGUGGUAGAUCAAAUCGUCGAAUCGCGGCAAGCGGUGAGAGUCUACAACAAGGAGAGCCGCUGCGCCGCUUUUUUCGCCCAUCCGAACAAUGGGAAGCCCAUGGGUGUGGCUGUGGUUGCCCUGAACAGCAAAGAAGAUGCAGAUUAUGUCCUUGAGGUUCUGAAUGGUCAGUACAUGAAGAAUCGCUACAUCGAGGUAUUUCAUCAUAUGGAGGUCGGGCGGCGCGUGACCAACUGA